AAUAUACAGAUCUGUAGAUCAUGCACAUUGUGCAGUUAUGACAGGCUAGCCCUACAGUCAGUCAGUUUGCACAUGCAGAGUAUAAUAGCAACUAUGAGAUUGAAGCUCCUCUUUGCAGCUAUACUGGUGUGUGUACUGCCUUAUGUUGCUUGCCAGACAGGAGUGUGCUAUGGACGGACCUCUACCCGGAGGCGCUCUGUCACCUACAGUCAGGGGCACUAUAGUACACAGUAUAACUGUGGGUGGUGGGGUUGGGGUAGAUGUCAAAGGGCGCAUACUAGACGAAAUAGCCGAGAGACUUACUAUACUGUGUAUAUGAGUCAAAGAAAGUGCUGUUCUGGUUACAGAGAUGUUCGGGGGCGGUGCAUGCCUGUGUGCAGCUCUGGCUGCUACAAUGGUGGCACCUGUAUUUCUCCAUAUACCUGCUCGUGUGCUCGAGGUUGGAUAGGAAGGAGUUGCUCACAAGAUAUCAAUGAGUGUACAAAUGGACAGAACAACUGUGGAACUAUACAAUACUCAAUAUGCCAAAAUACCAAUGGAGGAUAUCGAUGCAACUGCCUCUUUGGGACCUCCAGUGCUCGCCCAUGUACAGUUCCACCAAACCCUUUAUCACCCCGGAAUUUCCGAGUGUCAUCCUUAAGCAGUACAUCGGCUACAGUGAAUUGGCAAGCUCCAGUUAUGCAAACAAAUAACGGAAUAUCUGGGUACAAGCUGGUUUUGAGAGAGCAAAAGUUUGGACAACGAGAUGUGACUAAAAAUGUUGCUGCAAACCGUCUAUCGUAUGCAUUCUCUGGACUAGAAGAAUUCAAUACCUAUGAAGUACAAAUCAAGUCAGUGAGUGUUUUUACCUUCGAGUCAUCUCUCGUAUCUAUCUCAUUGACAACAAUGGAAGCAGCACCAGCAUCACCUCCUGGCUCACUGUCUGGCAGCAGUCAUGGUUCGAAUGCACUCUCCCUUUCUUGGAGGUCUGUGUCCCCUAUAGAUAUAAAUGGCCGACUGAAUUGCUAUGAGAUUGACAUAAUGGAGGUGGAGACUGGGCGACAGUUUCAAACUACUUCAUCCUCCACUGGCAAAACGAUAGUCUCUCUUCAUCCCUACUAUGUUUACAAGUGUAGAGUGGCCGCGGUAACCAUUGCAAGAGGGCCAUACACUCAGUACAUCAACAUUAGAACUGAUGAGAGUGCACCAAGUGCGCCCCCGGGGAAUAUUCAAGCCACCGCUACUACUACAUCUAUAACAGUCACAUGGGUUCCACCUGACUCUACCUAUCGCAAUGGUAUUAUUCGUCGAUAUAAACUUAAUCUCAUUGAGAACGAAACAAUGACCCACUACGAGAAAGAGUACACUGGAACAAGAGCUGUUAUUGUAGGGAAACAUCCAUUUUACACAUACCACUUCAAUAUCUCAGCUGUAACAGUUGCUGCUGGACCAUACAGUAUGCCAAAUGUUAUCAGACUCCAAGAAACAGCUCCAACAGCUGCACCUCAGUUUGUCAGUGGUAUUGCAGUUAAUCCGACAACAAUCUCUCUCGAAUGGUCUCCUCCCCCAAAACAACACUGGAAUGGUAUUAUUCGAAGGUACAAAGUCAGUGUUUUGGAGAGAGAGUCUGGCUCAAUACUCGAAGACUCCACAACUCGACUCACAACAACUAUACAAUCACUCCAUCCAGAUUAUAGCUACGUAUGUAAAGUUGCUGCAAUUACUGUUGCUGAGGGCGUUUAUUCCAGAACAGUAAUAGUUUCAACUCCUAUCUCAACCCCCAGUGCACCACCAAGGAACAUUGAUUUGACACCACAAGGUCCUCGUACCUUGCUCAUAAGUUGGGACCCACCACUGCUUGAGAAUAGAAAUGGUCCAAUCAUCGGAUUCACAGUGAACAUUACAGAUAGUAUUGGACACAUUCAAGUGCACACAACCAAUACAACUUUACAGCAAAGAUCGCUUUACCCAUAUACAACCUAUAGGGUAUUCAUAGCUGCUAUAACUGAAGUAGGAGCAGGUCCAUACAGUGUUGCAAGGGAAAUUGAAAUGCCUGAAGAUGUACCGUCUGAGCCUGUUCAUCCAAGUGCAACUACUGUCAUCGGAAAUCCAUAUCAGUUGGCAAUUACUUGGCAACCACCUCUUGAGCCCAAUGGAAUUUUGACCGUCUACAAUAUAUACUGUCUGCCAACUCUUGGUUAUGACAUGAAAGUCAUUACUGUUGGAGCAAGGAUCAAUCAUUCCAGCCUGUUUCCUGGCCUCAGACCAUACACUGUGUACAACUGUUUCGUUUCGUGCAAUACUUCAGCAGGAGAAAGUAACGUUAGUCAAUCUGUUUCUGCCAGGACUGACGAGUCAACUCCAGAAGAUGCACCCAAUCAACUUGCAGCUUUUUCCAACAUAUCCGAUACCAUUUCUCUAAGCUGGAAGGAACCAACCAUUCCAAAUGGGCCAAUUAUUUCAUACACUGUGACUCACAAUGAGACAGACACGAACGUAACACAAGUGGUUGUUGACUCUACUCAGCUUGAAAUAACAGGAUUAAUACCAUUCACUUUCUAUACAGUUAUUAUAUACGCUUCAACAAGAAUUGGUGAUGGGCCUUCUGCGUCAACAACAAUACAAUCUGCUGAGUCGAAUCCUGGCGCUCCACCUCAAAACAUUGCUGUUUCUGUCGUUAGCUCCACUAACACUGUAGUGUCUUGGCUUCCUCCAGACCCGGAAAAUAGAAAUGGAAUCAUAACACAUUAUAGGAUUGUGCUUACAGACGAGGACUUUAAUGUCAGUGGGGCUAUCAUUACAGUUACCGGCACAAAGUAUACCUUCAAAACCCUUGAAGAGUUUGUUAGAUAUUCCUUUACGAUUACUGCUGCUACUAGUGCUGGAUUGGGUCCAUUUUCGGAACGUCUUAAUUUUACAACGUUUGAAGCUAUCCCUUCCGCACCUCCCCAGUCUGUCCACGGUGUUUUUCACUCCUCAACAGUAAUACAGUUUUCUUGGUCACCUCCACCUCCUCUGGAUGUAAAUGGCGUAAUCAAGUAUUAUGUAGCUGAAGUGACAGAAAGGUACACAGGAAAAUCAUGGACUUUCUUUGCUGUGGACUCUCUGGUAUACAUUGGCUCUCUCCACCCUUACUAUCUAUAUGACUGUGCUGUUGCUGCCCAUACAAUCGGAAGUGGUCCUUACUCGGACACUUUGACAAUACAGACUGAUGAGGAGGCCCCAAGUGUUUCUCCUACUAUUUUGACCGCAUCAGUUACAUCUCAUUCAAUUAGAUUAUCAGUAUCUCCACCUUCAUUCGAGAGCACCAAUGGUUUGCUAAGAUACUAUUCAAUGAGUGUAGUUGAAACUAAAACUGGUGAAGAGUAUGUUGUAGUUUCGGCAAACACGACGAUUACUAUGAUCAGUGGACUACAUCCAGAUUACACCUACAUCUGUUCAGUUGCUGCGUACACAAUUGGACUUGGGCCUUACAGCGACACAAUAACAGUGACCCUUGAAGAAGCAAAGCCAACAGGACCACCAUUGAACAUAUCUGGAUACUCAACUGGAUCAGAAAGUAUACACGUAAUGUGGGGUCCACCAUUAUCUGAGUUACAAAAUGGAGCAAUACGAUAUUACAUUGUGUCUGUCACUGAAUUGAAAACAGGAGCUUUGAGGAAUCACACAACCUCCACUGCAGAGAUUAACAUAGCCUCUCUCCAUCCAUACUACAGCUAUGCAAUCAAUGUAGCUGCUGCGACCAUUGGCCCUGGGCCAUUCUCCACUGAAAUCACAAUUCAAACGGAGGAAGAUGUUCCGACAGCACCAGCUGGGAACGUCACAGUAGUUGCAGUAUCUUAUAAAUCAGUCGAGUUGUCGUGGGACCCUCCGCCUCUUGAACAUCAGAAUGGAGUAAUUAUGGGAUAUAAUGCCACAAUCGAAGAAACAAAAUCAGGGAAAAUAUUCACAAUUAUUGUGCACAGUCCAAACGUGAUAGUGGAAAGCUUGAAAGCACACACUACUUAUGAAGUCACUGUGACAUCUUACACUCUGGUUGGCGCUGGUCCAAGAAGCAGAGGACUUAUUGUCACAACUGAUCAGACAGCACCAUCAUCAGCUCCAGUGAAUAUGACAAUUUCAGAUAUCAAAUCUACAGAAUUUCUGCUCACUUGGACUGCACCACCGUAUGAAUCACACAAUGGCAUAAUUACUGAAUAUGUAGUCAACAUCACAGAAGUGGAAACUGGUGACAUGUACAAACUUGUCUCACAGACAGCGUCCAUCAUAGUUCAAUCACUCCAUGCAUUUUACUCUUACGAGUGCACUGUGUCUGCAGUAACUGUUGCGGAGGGGCCAUAUACAGAGGCGGUCACUGCCAGAACGCUGGAAGAUGCUCCAGAUGGAUAUCCAAAAAAUGUGUCAGUUGGAAACAUCAGUUCUGAGUCAGUUAUUCUCACUUGGGAUCCUCCUCAAUAUUCAGAGAGGAAUGGAGUGAUAAACCGUUACGAUAUUAACUUGACUGAUGCUGAACUGGAAACAAUAGCUCAGAUUGUUACUACUUCUGCUUACAUUGAGAUUUCUAGUCUAAGUCCCUUUACAACCUACUUUACUUUUGUGUCUGCUUCAACUAGUGCUGGAAUGGGUCCAUUUGGAACUUCUUUGUCAUUUACAACACUAGAAGAUGCACCAGCAUCAGCUCCAACACUCCUCUCCAGUAAUGCGAGUGAUUCAAAAACCAUUUAUCUUUCUUGGAGUCCUCCAAAACCAACCUACCACAAUGGAAUUAUAAGGGAAUAUCAUACUGAGAUCCUUGAAGUUGAGACAGGCAUGAUAUUCUACCACAUCACUUCAUCUACCUAUAUAAGAAUAUCCUCACUUCACGCUGACUACACAUAUGAAUGGUCUGUAGCAGCAGUGACGGUUGCUGCAGGCCCUAAAAGUUACACAGUGAGUGUAAAAACUCCUGAAGAUGUUCCGACUGGGUACCCACAAAACAUUGAAGUAACUAAUGUUACUACGACCAUGAUAGAUCUACAAUGGAACCCACCACUCACUCAUGAGCAGAAUGGGGUAAUCACUGGGUACAAAAUUAAGGUUCAGAAAAUUGAGACCAAUUCAAACUGGACUACUCUCACCACUGAAUCGAGGACGGUAUCUAUCACCCAAUUAGAAGCUCACACUGUGUAUAUGAUAGUAAUCGCAGCAACAACACUACCAGGAGGAGGCCCAUACAGCCCUAUACUGACUGCCCUAACACAAGAAGAUGCUCCUGACAGCCACCCAACUAAUCUAACUGGAUACUCAAUCAACUCCACCUAUAUUUUCUUGGACUGGGAUCAACCACCAGAGGAGAAAUUAAAUGGAAUUUUGAGGCAAUACAAGAUUAACAUCACAGAGGAUAUCACUGGGAAAAGAUUACAAUUCAUAACGGGACCAUACCCCACGGAAAUAACUGUUGGUCCUCUUCACCCUGAUUACACAUACCACUGCACAGUAGUAGCAUACACUGUAGGAGAAGGUCCACAUACCAGCAUUCUACCAAUACGCACUAAAGAGGAUGCCCCUUUGAGUGGACCAACAAAUGUUACGGCUGGUGCUCUUGGUUCAAGAACAAUAUCUAUAAGCUGGCUUCCUCCUCCUGUUGAUGAACGAAAUGGUCUCAUUCGAGCUUACCUUGUGAUUGUAAGUUUUACUGGUGGAAACGAAACUUUUGUUCUCUCAGCAGAUAUGCGCUCAACUAACAUCUCUGGACUUCAAGCAUACACCGUCUACGAGUGUAGCAUUCAUGCCGUCACUGUAAGCACUGGACCACCCACACGAGUUACAGUCAAAACAGAAGAAGAUGCUCCAACAAGCCCACCAGCAGAUAUUAACAUAGAGGCAUUGAAUUCAAUUACUUUCCAACUGUCAUGGGCUCCACCAGCUCAUAUAAAUGGGAUAAUAAGGAAAUACAUAAUAAAUGUAACCGAGGUGGAAACGCACAGCGAAAUGAAACUGGUUUCAUUAGAAUUAACUAACACUGUACAGCCCCUUCACCCAUUUUAUCACUACAAGUGCACACUAUCAGCAGUAACUAUAGCACCAGGACCUUGGUCAAAGCCAAUUAUCAUACAAUUGCCAGAAGCAGCUCCAAGUCUUACACCUACUGAUGUUACUGUUAUGGCUACAACAUCAUCAUCAAUCUCAUUUUACUGGAAAAGUCCUCCUGCCUAUGCCAUUAACGGCAUCAUCAGAAGCUACUAUUUGACAUUGACCGAAGAAAAUACAGGAAAGCACUUGCAUAUAACGGCAAAGUCCCCACCUCAAAUAUUCGAAGUGUUGCAUUCUUUCUACAAUUACACCUUGCAAAUCGCUGCUUUUACAGUUGAGGUUGGCCCUUACUCAGACCCUGUCACUGUAACCACCUUGGAAGACUAUCCCACAGGGUCACCAUUAAAUGUAAACUCGAAGAUUUGUUCAUCAAAAAGUAUCCAGGUGAACUGGGAGCCACCAGAAGGAAUAAAGCAAAAUGGUAUCAUCACAUCAUACGUGAUUCAAAUAAUGAGCCCCACAGAAAGAAGGAAAAUAAUAUCCAAUGUUACAAAUGUGGACAUAUUUAACCUUUCACCAUACACCACAUACUCUGUGUUUGUGUCUGCGGUCAACAGUGUAGGAAAAGGGCCAUUCACAUUGCCAGUGACUGUUACAACACUAGAGGACGCACCCGCUGCAGCCCCAGAAUCACUUGCUGUGACAGAUAUUACAUCAAAAAGCGUCAAACUUUCAUGGUUGCCUCCUCAAAAAGAACUUACAAAUGGAGUUAUCAGAAACUAUGUCAUUGAAAUACAAGAAACAAAUACUGGGAUGAACUUCUCUCUUAAAACCAGUGUACACUUAACGCAUGUGGUUGGUGAUUUGCAUCCCUACUAUACGUACCGUUUUUCGAUUUAUGCAGUAACAGUUUCAACUGGACCGUUGACAACGCCACUAAUUGCCACAACACUUGAAAGUAUUCCCACUGGGUCACCACAACAAGUAAAUGCCACAGUUCUGGAUUCUACUUCACUUGAACUUUAUUGGGAUGCACCACCAGCAGAUGAACAAAACGGAAAUAUUAAUCACUAUCGUAUUACUGCAACAGCAGUAGACACGGGACAAAUGUUUGAGGUUAAAACAACCGAUGAUUGUACAUCACAAGCAAUACGAUCUCUGCACCCUUUCUUCACUUAUCAGUUCAUAGUUGCUGCCGCAACGAAAGUGGGUAAAGGACCCCAUAGUGCUAUAUAUCAAAUACAGCAGCCAGAAGAUGUGCCAUCAUCAGCUCCACUGGGUCUCACUGGUGAUUCACUGAAUUCCACAGCAAUAUUUCUGGAAUGGAAACCUCCAACUCAUCGAAAAAGAAAUGGCCUGAUAACCUCAUACACAGUCCGAAUACAAGACGUGUUCACUAACAACUCAAAUAUCUUAUUGCACAGCAGUCUUCAUCUGAUUGUUCCCUCACUGCACCCAUUCCACCAGUACACAUUUGAUGUCGCAGCUAAUACUUCAGUAGGAAGGGGUCCUUUUAGCACUCCUAUCACAAUCAGAACACUAGAAGAUGCUCCAUCUGCUCCUCCACGGAAUGUUGAAGUGACAUUCGUUAACUCGAGCUCAAUUAGAAUAAGAUGGACAAGUCCAGCAGUUGUGAACAAAAAUGGAUUGAUACGUUACUACAUUAUCAAAUUCACAAGUUUGAGUGACAAUAAAACAGUGAACUACAACGCUAGCUCUGCUGACAAGGAGAUAACUGGCUUGGGUGCUUAUAAAACAUACAUUUUUCGUAUUGCGGCAUUCACUACUGCAACCGGCCCAUUCAGUGACACAAUUAAGCUACAAACCUUACAAGAUGCACCGAGUGGGUCCCCACAAAGUGUACACAUUGCAACAGUGACCUCUACAUCAGUAGCUAUGAAGUGGACGCCUCCAGAGCCAUCAAAACAGAAUGGGGAGAUCUCUGGUUACACAAUACACAUCAAACCAAAUCCAACAGACAAGAAUAAGUACAGCACCAUAACAAUCAGAGUGCCUCCAAACAAAUUAAACUGGACUCAACAAGGACUUGCCAUCUUUACAAACUACACAGUGAAUAUUGCUGCUAAAACAAUCGCUGGUAUAGGACCAUUCUCUCAGGCUAUUAGAUUCAAAACUAAAGAGACGCCUCCUAGCCCACCAUCUGGAGUUGUCAUAACAACAUACAACAGCACAAUUAUCAAACUGGAAUGGGAUGAGCCAAAGAGGCCUAAUGGGAUUAUUCUUGGAUAUCAGGUUGUAUACAAGGGAUUUCGAACUAACUCAGAAAAGACAAGUGGUCCAUUUGUCCUCACACUUGACGCAACAGAAAGGGCAGUGAUUAUUGAUAAUCUUUCUCCUGGAUUAACUUAUGAGUUUAAUGUGACGGCAAAGACAUCGGUUGGCUUUGGUGAAAGCAGAACAAUUACCGUUGAUAUUCCAUCAAUUGAAAAAGGUACACAAGGAAAGCAAUUACCGCCAGAAGAGGACACACACUAUGUGAUAAUAAUAUGCGUACUGGGUUUUUUGGUGAUACUUCUGGUUGUAGCUUUUACUGCGUGGAGGAUCAGACGUAACAAGCUCAAGAAGAAAAGGGAACAGAUAAAUGUUAAUCCAGAAUUUCAACGAAAUACGCCGCAACACCUCCAGUGGAUUCACAAUGAAGUCUAUCGCACACCCGAAUCAGUGGUGCCUGCACCCUCUGAUUCUAAAACAGAAAAUCAGGGCAAAAACCAAGAAAAAGAGGACAGCUUUUAAGUUCAGGUGUUUUAAGUAACAUUAGUUUUCUAAGUAAUCAUAACUAGCAUAGUUUACAGUGUGUACCUACAAGAAAUAAUUUGCUGUGAUAAUAAUUAUACGUAUGAAA